AUACCUUUUCAAAGCCACAUAAACGAUUCGCCAAUUUCGAAUAGUUAAUUUAUUCCACAAAUUUUCGCACUCGCGUCUACUCACCGCUUAAAAGUUCUUAAUUUAUCAAACUUUUCUCUUAAGCAAAUAGCCAAGAUGCCCCGUGAAGGAACGCGAUCUGCUACCGGCAACUCAAAGCCGCGCGUCUUCCAGACUGUUGACACCGCGCCCGCUAUUAAGCGCACUACUAAGCCCAGGGUGAAAAGAUCGCCCACCGCCAGCACCAAGCCUGUACCUAAGGUGAAGGCUGCGAAGCCGACUGGUGUGACCAAGAAAAAGUCUACGGCACCCAAGAAGGACGGUGUCGCGACUAAGGUUAAAGCCGCCGUUAAGAAAGCAGAGGAAAAAGUUGAUAAAGUGGAAGAGAAGGCCGAGAAGGUCGAGAAGGUCAAGAAGACCGCAGCAAAGCCCAAGACAGCUGCUAAAUAGAUCCGUCGUUGUCCACCGUCGGUAUCAGUUUCAGUCCGUAUGGCUCAAACCAUAGACGCGACAGUGGUGAGACGACCACACCGGAU